AUCCCUUAUUAGCACUGCGUUCACCCUCUCGACGGACGGGCGCUGUUCGCCUUUACAAUCGGACUUGAAUGUCACAACGGUGACUGCACAGUGUGAAUGACACUGCUAUGGUUUCGCAGAUGGGCCUCGCCAUGUGGGCGAGCGUGCUGCAUCAACCUCCUCCUACGACUGUUUCCAAUCAUAAGAUUACGAAGAUCUACAAAGUAUCAACAGCCACCACUGCGAAACAUACAGGAUACCAUGGCCGCGGCUACAGCACAGCUCAUCAGCCUUCCAACUGAGCUUAUCCUCGACAUCGCAGACCAUCUUCCGCCUGAUGCGAUAGUCGCCCUUCAACUCACACAUGGACGACUCAACAGCAUAUCACGGCUUAAUCAGCGACGAUGGCAAACUCCACCUCCACGUUGUGUGCAGCGCGCCAUUCAACGUCAUCUAGCUCCACCAUCCUCGAAACCCACCCAUCGAUACUGUAUCCUGUGCAGGGUCACAUGCCCGAUUGGUAGUUUCAAAUCAUCGCUCAGUCCAGCCUGUCUGCCCAUGGCGAGAGUCAACGUUCCGCACAACGUUAUCGCAUUACCGCCGAACGUCUGCUUCUGCCAUGUCGCAAGGUUCACAAGGCAUAUCGAGACCGCGCCUAUGAGCGGGCCUACAACCGGGCGUCCGGGCAGAAAUGAAUGGGUCAGUCAUACGGUCAAGAUAUGUCUGCACUGUGGGCGGACUGGUUGGGAGCAUGAGUGCAAUUGCGAAUGCCAAACUUGUCUGGUUGGCGAAGUAACGACGUACACUCGAUACAUCUCAAACCGUGGGAAGAAGCCUCCAACAUUUGUCUUCUGGAGGGAAACUCCCAGACCAGGGGAGGAGGGAGUCGGUCGACUUUGGGUUCGGGAGACUCACCGGGAUGCGACCGGCAAUACGUCCUUCAUCAAUAUGCCCGUUCUAGACAAGUCAGUCCCAGACAGAUGAGCAUGUUCGGCGUUGAGCUUCAACCGCAUUCUCAGCAUUCUUGAAAGCUAUACUCCAUGGACGGGCAGGUCUCGAUGUUC